AGGAGGAUAGUUGUUUAUAGAUAUGAUUAAUACGUGAUGCAUCCAUUAUUGUGUGUCAAGGUCACUCUUGCUCAUUUACUCCUACUAUCUGCCCCAAGGAGCGCCAAGUGUACCAAAAGCAGCGCAAAUCCUUCAGCACUUCCCAAAUGCAGCACAGUAACUAAAGACAAGGUUGAACCCUGUAUAUAUGAUGGUCCUACGAACAAGAGAUUGAUCCCCCUGACUGCCAUUUUUUCGACUGACAAAGAAGACGUCAAUGACUUACAUAAUGAGAAUUGGAGCAAAGCACACGAUGGCAACAUUCAUUAUAUGUAUCGUGGUCAGGGUUUGUCUGGAUCACUUGGAGUAAAUGACCUAACAUCGCAAAUUCCACAUCAUUCCAGCUAUUGCUAUACAUACGAAGAAUACAAUGAACAUGGAAGUGGAACAAAGACCGCAAAAUUUGUAGCUGGAGACACACAUCUAGAAACCGUAACAUCGCAUGUUGAAAAAAAGUGUAUUCCGAUACCAUACCUGAAACACAUUCAGUACGUUAUGCGAAUAGGGGUUGGAACUCCACCUCAGUAUGUUAAUCCCCUAAUCGAUACGGGUAGCACGAAUACAUGGAUUGUGAGUUCUAAUUGCAAUUCUGAGACUUGUACAAAUGUUCACAAAUUUAACGAAGGUUCUUCCACUUUUGUCCCAAUAGAUUCCCAGGAAAACGCUGAGAUAAAGAUAAAAUUUGGAACUGGGGUGAUAGUUGGGAAACCAGCUUCAGAUAACUUUGAAAUUCAAGGUGAUAUUGUGAAGAAUCAAGUAUUCGGUCUAGUUGAACAAGAGAUACCAGAUAGAACUGAUCACAACGUAUUCAAGAUGAUAAAAUUUGAAGGUAUUGUGGGUUUAGGGUUUCCUGACAUGGCUUGGAAUAGCUCCUUACCCUUGUAUGAUAACUAUUCAAAGACAAUUGGUGCUAAUCUUAUAUUUUCAUUGUACUUUUCAAAUGAUAAGAAGUAUUCAGCAUUGCUGAUUGGUGGUGUGGACAACCGCUUUUAUAAAGAAGAAAUAAAGAUGCUACCGUUAAUAAGGGAAUAUUAUUGGGAGGUACAAUUAUCGGAACUGUGGAUUGGUAAUAAUAAAUUAUGUUGUAGUACAAAUUCUUAUGUGAUUUUUGACUCCGGAACUAGCUUUAAUACACUACCACACGAUGAAUUUUCAAAGUUCAAAACGUUCGUCCCUUACAAAAAUUGUAAUGGUGAUUUGGAUUCCGUUUUAUCAGAGUACCCAGUUAUAAAGUAUGUCUUCACUGGAGGAAUAUCUGUCGAAAUUCGGCCAGAACAGUAUCUAUUUAUUGCUAAAGGUAUCUGCAAACCGGCAUACAUGCAGAUAAAUGUUCCAUCGGCUUAUGGAAAUGCCUAUAUUCUUGGAACGAAUGCAUUCAUGAAGCAUUUUUAUACGAUACAAACCAAGAAUAUAUAG